CAGAGUGUUGAACCUGCAAAGACAGCACAGCACAGCACAGCACCAGCAGGAAGAACAUGCACGUUUAAUACCAACCCUUCACAUUACUGCGCUGCUUCAUUUGUGGUUCUGUCCAUUUUGGGAUUUUGGUGGUAAACUGGAUGCCCUCACAUGGCCCCUACUACGCUGUGAGUUCUGAAAGGAUUAGGAGCAGGAAGAGGUGACUAAUCAGUUUGGCAGGUAAAGAAGAUGUGGGCUAUCUUUUUAUUCACGGUGGUGGGGACUCUUCUUCAUGAAAGUGCUGCUCAAGGCCAGUGUAACAGUGUGAGGGCAGCCGAUGUGGUAUUUUUGGUGGAUGGCUCAUCCAGCAUUGGCAGUACCAACUUUCAGUUGGUGAAAGGCUUCAUGGCAGGCCUGGUGAAGCCACUUGCCGGUGCUGUGGGCGCGAGCGGAGUACGCUUCGGAGUCGUGCAGUACAGCGAUAGCUCCAGGAUUGAGUUUCCUUUUGGGAGGUAUACAAAUGGAACAGAGGUGGUGGUGGCUGUUGAAAAUAUCCCGUAUAAGGGAGGAGGAACACGCACGGGUGACGGGCUCAAAUUCAUCGUUGACAAUUUCUUCAGCCCUCCAAAUAUUCGAGAUGUUCCCAAGAUUGUCAUCGUCAUUACAGAUGGGAAGUCACAGGACUCUGUUGUGGACCGUGUUCAAACAUUGCGCAAUCUUGGGGUCAAGAUCUUUGCCAUAGGUAUAAAGAGUGCUGACAAGAGGGAGCUGGAUCAGAUGGCCUCGUCCCCACAGACCUACUAUUCCCUGAUCAUCAGUGGCUUCAAGGGCCUCAGCUCCCUCCUGCCGCAGGUGUCCCCACGAGUUUGUGCGUCUGUUGGGGGGACAUUCGCGAAUGACGAGGCCACCACAGGUCCCUCCAACCUCCAGUUCACAGAGAGUACCACUGACUCGCUGCGCUUCCAGUGGACUCCUGCAGGGGGCCAAGUGACUGGCUACCGCAUCCAGUACACGCCUGUCUCUGGCCUGGGACAGCCAAUCAACGCAGAGCUACAACAGGUGACAGUUGGACCAGAUCAGCAGAGUUACACUGCUCGGAAACUGCGUGGUGGCACCGACUAUCUGGUCUCAGUCAUUGCCCAGUACCCAAACAGCAUCGGAGAGGCUGUGUCUGCUAAAUCUGGCACAAAGUCAUCUCAGGGUGUGUCGUCGCUGCGAGUGUUACGGUCGGGCUUCUUCUCCAUCUCUCUGGCCUGGGAUGCCCCCUCCACUCGGCCCCAGGGCUACAGGGUCACCUACGGACCCAGAUCUCAGCCGGCGUCACAGCUGGAGCAGAGGUUGUCCCCUGAUGUUACCACGGUAACUCUCGAUCGUCUGCAAGCGGAUACUGAAUACAUAAUCAGCGUCCUCCCCCUGUUACCGGGAAACUCAACAACAUCAGCCAGGAUAUCUGCCAAAACUUCACGUUUAGAGGCGGUGAGACAGCUGACGGUUGAAACGAUCUCUGAGACAAGUGUUGGUGUUCGCUGGAGAGCUGCAGAUGGAGCCAGGUCCUAUCGGUUGGUCUGGGGGCCUUUCACAGGUCGUGAUGUGCAGACGCAAGAGGUCACCACAGAAUCUCACACACUCUCGGGUCUUCAGCCUGAUGUUGAGUACAUCAUCACUGUCAUCGCUCACUACGACAACAACGCUGAGGGGCCUGCUGCCACGGCCAGGUUCAAAACAGAACGUUUUGAGCAGCAGGUGCUCAGGGCAACGCCCACAGGCCCCUCCUCAAUCAGACUCACCUGGAACCAGAUCAGAUCUGCCAGAGGUUACCGCAUAGAAUACAAGAAUGAAGGGGGCUCUGUUGAGAGGGUGACGUUUCCUCAGGCCACGACGACUCAUGAGUUGCGUCAGCUGAGGCCCCAGACAGAGUACAUCAUCACUCUCUACACACUCUAUGAGGGACGAGAGGAGGCCACACCUGUGUCCACCGCACCUCCAACUGCCAAGGUGACAGACCUGCGGGUUACAAAUUUAAACAGCCGACGAAUCAGGAUUGCCUGGAGGGGUGUUUCCGGGGCAACGGGCUACAGAAUCACAUGGAAACAAGGCAACAGUGGCCUUCAGUUCCGUGACGUGGCCCCGGACCUCUCGGCCUUCACCAUCGAUAGGUUGCAGCCGGACGAGUACGUGCUAAUAGGUGUCGCCGUGGUGAUCGACGGAAACGCGGGGGAGUCCGUCACUCUGAGCAGCCGGACGCAUGGCUAUGGCAUUACCGGGCUCCGCGUCCAAGACGUGAACACCAGGAGCAUAGGCAUUGCCUGGGACCCCCUUACCACAGCAACGGGAUAUAAAAUCAGCUGGCGUCAUAACAACGGUGCGGAAUCCUCCAGGAAUGUGGCGUCCACUGUGACCUCCUACACUAUUGAGGGGCUGGAGGAGAAUACUUCCUACCGCAUCGCAGUUUCAGCACUGAUUGGCUCAAACGAGGGGACGCCGGCAACUGUCCUCACCAGGACAGUGCUUAGCGGUGUGGUUGGCACGGUAACAGACCUGAAGGUGCUGGCGCCACAGGAUGAGGCGGUAAAGGUCACAUGGGUCGGAGUUCAGGGGGCGACAUCCUACCGCAUCGUCUGGAAGAAAACUGAUGAUGGUGAGGAGCAGACCCGGGAGGUCGGGGCAGACGUGACCUCAGUGGACCUGGUGCAGCUGCAGAGGGGGGCCCAGUAUGAGGUGCAGGUCAUGGCUUUGGUGCAGGGCCAAGAGGGCUCGCCAGUCUCCGUCAGGGUCACCACACCUGGUGUGGUGGACCGUGUGGAGGGUCUGCGGGUGUUGGAGGCCAGACAAGGUACCCUUCGGCUCACCUGGAGGGCAGUGUCAGGGGUGACUGGAUACAAGCUGUACUGGAGCACAACAGGAGAGGGAGAGAGAAGCCAGCUGAUCCGGAGGGAUGUGACCUCAUACGAUCUGGAUGGACUUCGUCCUGGCCAGAGCUACGUCAUUCGAUUCGCUGCGCUUUUCCAAGACAGAGAGAGCGAGGCGGUCACCAUCAGGGCAAGCACAACUGCCCUUGGAUCUGUAACAGAUUUACGGGUCAUCGAUAUUACCCAGAAUUCAGUGCUUCUGGGGUGGACUCCCAUAGUAGGUGCCACAUCUUACAUUCUGCGAUGGAGAGAGGAAAAAGACUCAGGAGAGGGUCUGUCACAGGUGUUGAACGGAUCAGCAAACUCGUUCCGUGUGUCUGGACUGAGGCUGGGCAGACGCUAUGUGUUCUCCCUACAACCCACCUACCAGAACCAGCUUGGACAGGUGGCUACUGUAGAGGAGCGCACAGUGUGUGUGGACGGACGUCUGGAUGUGGUGUUCCUGGUCCCUGCGUCUAGAGAUCGCUCUCGUCUGAGGGACCCUGUCCUCUCACUGCUCACCAGCGCAGCAGGAACUCUCACCACCAUCAGCCCCAGAGACUCACAGAUGGGGGUCUUAGUGUACAGUGAUAUUCCCAGAGUGCACUUCUUGCUCAAUCGUCAUAGCAACAGUCAGACUUUACUCCAGGAGAUUCUGUCGACUCCUUUCUCGGCUGGCCGUGGGAAUGCAAUAGGUCAGGCGCUAACAUACGCACAGCAAUACUUCCUGACGGUGUCGGCCGGGAGAAGGCGCGUGCCGGGAGUCGUGGUGCUCAUUGCCGAUGAUAGAUCUACUGAUGAUGCCAUCAGGGCAGCCACAGAGCUCAGGGCCACAGGAGUGACAGUGCUGGCAGUGGGAAUUGGCCGGGCGGACUCUGAGGAGUUGCGACGUGUGGUAACUGACGGAAGCACCCAGAACCUGCUGUAUGUGUCAGACGCAGCGCAACUCUACCGCUACCACCCGGAGCUGGCCGACUUACUCUGCGGCGUUGCCAGGGGGACGGGAGUAACGACUACUCCUGGUCCAGAGCCAUGCACUGUUCAGUGUCCAAAUGGGGAGAAAGGAGAACAGGGACAAAAGGGUGAACAGGGCCGUGAUGGGAACGAUGGGAGAAAAGGAGACCCUGGACGUGAUGGGGUGCCAGGUAGAGAAGGCCCGCGUGGACCAGAGGGGCCUCCAGGUCGGAGCACAGGACCUUCAGUGGGAGUCAGAGGAGAAAAAGGAGAGAGGGGGUUUCCAGGAUUGGAUGGGAGUUCCGGAGUCCCUGGCCGCCCAGGAAGUGCUGGCCCUGCUGGAUCUCCGGUGAGCCAAUCACAAGCCACUGCACUGACCAAUUAA